AGUCUCAAUUGUUCAUUAUGGCUGCCAUCGAUGGUGUGAAACAAGUUGCCAUUGUCGUCUUUGCGUUUUGUGUCAUGAUUCAACACACUACAUGCUUUUGCAAUGUGACCUGUUCCACAGACUUCAUCUCCUCGUUAAACUGCUCCUGUUCAGAUCCAGGGCCUGCAUCCUCCUACAUAGUGGAGGCUGAAUGCUGGGAUGACUAUGAGCUUGUGAAAGGAAGCUGUGAAAUUCAACCUCCACAGCAAUGGUGCCAAAUGGAGCCAGAGAAUUUUACGUUUAUAGUUGCCUUUGACACGUACUGCACAGCGAGGGCAAAAAACAUAAAUGAACAAAACAUGGCGUCGAACGAUUCAACAAACCUGACAUUGUACAAUCACAUCAGGCCUCUGCCCCCCUUCAACAUGCAGGUUGUGGAGGCUGAGGACAGCUACAACAUAUCGUGGGAAAUGUCUUACACAGAGACAGAGAACAUUCACUUGAGCUCCAUCUUAAUGUACAGAGUGCGGAUAAGAACACAGGAUCCGCUCGUGGAUCCUGUGUAUCAAAAUAUAAAUGAGGACAGGUGGUACCUGGUGAUUCCGUACAACUCCUUACAGGAGGGGAGGGAGUAUAUGGCAGAUGUCCAGGCCACUGUAAAUCCCUCCAAGUUCCAAUCCUACUGGAGCGAGUGGAGUCCUGUCAUAAAAUGGAAAACCAAGCGUCAAGGCUUCAGAGCAUACAUACCUUACGUCCUACUGCUGCUGGGUGCUGUGGCUUUUGGGGUCCUGUAUUUCUGUAAAAGAAGAGGGUGGCUGAAAAAGAUGCACAUGUGGCGCUACGUCCCCAGCCCAGAGGACUUCUUUAAGCCCCUGUACCAGACAUACGAGGGAGACUUCAAGAAAUGGGUGGGUCCCACUUUUGCCUACAGCGAGUUUGACUUCCUGGAGAAGAGCAUGGUCGUCCAAGUGGUGAAUGAGAGGCAGGUGGAGGGGCUGGAGAAGCAGUGCGAGGGGCACAGAGAGGACAGCGGGAGCGGGGACAGCAGCUCCUGUGUCAGCCCGCCCACACAUGGUGUCCCCAAGCACAGCAUCCUGGGGGGCCUCGUUCAUUCCGAGGGACACAUCUCCAUCGACACCGUGACCGUGUCGGGUGAGGACAGCAAUGGCUCUGGAAGCUCCCAGGACCCAUACAGGGGCUCACGUGAUGGGCCAGACUUUCCUGGCUACCCUGGAGACAGCCUGGGCUCUGUGUGGCAGGGAGACAUCGCACUGGACGAGGGGAAUGAGGGUGACCAGACCAUCUCUGGCGGGUUUGAGGCCGGGCGGGCUGAGAUGGAGACCUCGGAGGACCUGCCCAUUCAGCCAGGCUCCUACAGAAUGGAGUGGCAGCUUGUCGCCGGGGACAACGAGCUGGAGCAGAUCUCCCUGGAUUCCUUCUGCUCCACAGAGCGCUCGGAGGACGGCUACCCACGCGUGGGGCUGGACCUGGACACCAUCGACAGCGGCUUUCUGGAGUCGGACUGCAGCAGCCCAGUGGGCUCAGACUUUGAUGGGAGGGAGCAGAUGCACUCUGCUGUACUGGGCGGGGCAGGAAUCUCCCACACCAACUACGUCAAACAAUGGGUAGCGUACACUUCAGAGCCAGGAGCAAAAGCAGACACUAAGAGCUGA